GGGCCUAUCCCAAGUGGCGUUGUCGGAUAUUUUUAGUUUUUCUUGUGUGUCAUAGGCCACUCGUUUUGCCACAUUAACAAUAAUCCUGAAACUUCUGCAUGCUGAAGUUUGUCCCUCCGCGCUUUCCGUCCGGACUGGAGCAACACGGAUGUGUUAUCUGACAGCUGAGAGCAGAGUGCAACCAAACGGGCCGUCCCAUAGCUCUAUAACCUCUCGCGUUAAAACCCUUGUUUUUUUUGUCGUCCUAAUGCACAGAAUAAGAAUCCUUUCGGGCCACCUGCGUCCCCCCGGGUCCUCUGAACACACACGGGACUUAUGGAGGUCGGACUGCGGCAGCGCGGCCAGCAGCAGCAGCCCGGAGGACGUGGUGGUGGUCCACGGCCGGAGGACCGCCGUCGGGAAGGCGAAGAGAGGCGCGUUCAAGGACACCACGCCUGACGAGCUGCUGAGUGCCGUGAUGACAGCUGUGCUGACAGAUGUUGGACUCUCACCUGACAAGCUGGGAGACGUGUGUGUUGGUAACGUGCUGCAGCCAGGUGCCGGUGCUCUGAUGGCCCGAGUGGCUCACUUCCUCAGCGGCUUCCCAGAGACCGUACCGGUCUACACCGUCAACCGGCAGUGCUCCUCUGGACUGCAGGCGCUGUUUAACAUCGCAGGAGCUAUCAGGAGUGGAUCCAUUGACCUGGGCCUCGCGUGUGGUGUGGAGAGUAUGUCUCUGCGUUCGAUAGGAGAACCAGGAGAUCUGAGCUCCAGGCUGACGGACAACGACAAGGCCAGAGACUGCAUCGUCCCCAUGGGCAUCACCUCGGAGAACGUGGCAGAGAAAUUUGGCGUCACCAGAGAAAAGCAGGAUGCCUUCGCUCUCAGUUCUCAGCAAAAAGCGGCUCGGGCCCAGGACACGGGCGCGUUUGAACGGGAGAUCGUUCCCGUCAGCACGCGGUUCGUGGACCCCGACGGUACCGAGCGGCAGGUGACGGUGGACAGAGACGACGGGGUCAGAGCCGGGACAACGCUGGCCGGUCUGGGGAAACUGAGGCCGGCAUUCAAACCGGACGGCAGUACCACGGCAGGGAACUCCAGCCAGGUGAGUGACGGAGCAGCGGUCGUGCUGAUUGGCCGCAGGUCUGCGGUCGAGGUUCUGGGUCUGCCCGUCCUGGGAGUCCUGAGGGCCAGCGCGGUGGUGGGGGUCCCCCCGGAUCUGAUGGGGAUUGGACCGGCUGUCGCCAUCCCCGCAGCUCUGCAGCAGGCCGGACUAACGGUGGCCGAUAUCGACGUGUUUGAGAUCAACGAGGCCUUCGCCAGCCAGGCGGUGUACUGCGUAGAGAAGCUGGGGGUCCCGCUGGAGAAGGUGAAUCCCAACGGAGGAGCGAUCGCCCUGGGUCACCCUCUGGGCUGCACGGGGGCGCGCCAGGUGGUCACGCUGCUCAACGAGCUCCGACGCAGAGGCCGCAGGUUCGAGUCCACCGACGAACGCACAAAUACUCAACGACACUCGUUCAAAGGGUUCAGAUUAGGGCUGACAAAACUAACGAGUUGACGCAUAAUCAUUUUAAAGGUGUAGUUUGUGGUUUCUGUCG